AUGCAUGCAUGCAGAAAUGUGAAACCACUUCAUGAAGUUGUGGCCUUUGAAAAGGAAGUAGAUGGAAUUACGAUUGAUCUAGCUCUCCAGUGGUGUUCUGGUGCAUGUAUAGAUAUGAUGCUAGGGUAUGCUAACAACAUACGUACUGUUGAUGGUGGCACACAUAUUGAUGGUGUUAAGGACAAGGAUACGAGAUUAAGUGGUAAAUACCUCAGGGAGGGAUUGAUAUGUGUUAUCUCAGUCAAAUUUCCAAAUCCAAAGUUUGAAGGGCAAACAAAGACAAGGUUGGGAAAUCCUGAGGUGCAGAAAGUGGUUUUUCAAUUUGUCAAGGAGUAUCUUACUAAAUUUUUGAAGUUCCAUCCAGAUGUACUUGAUUCAAUCCUUUCUAAGUGCUUACAAGGUGUCCCUUCGUGUUCUGGUGCAUGUAUAGAUACGAUGGUAGGGUAUGCUAACAGCAUACGUACUGUUGAUGGCGGCACACAUAUUGAUGGUGUUAAGGCUGAUAAGGAUACGAGAUUAAGUGGUAAACACCUUAGGGAGGGAUGGACAUGUGUUAUCUCAGUCAAAGUUCCAAAUCCAGAGUUUGAAGGGCAAACAAAGACAAGGUUGGGAAAUCCUGAGGUGCAGAAAGUGGUUUUUCUAUCUGUCAAGGAGUAUCUUAUAGAAUUUUUGAAGUUCCAUCCAGAUGUUCUUGGUUAA